AGUAGGAAACAGGACGCAGCUGCAGCGCCGCACUUCACGGUCAAAGCCUGAACACAGACAUUUGUUUUUACCUCUCUUUCCUCCGACUCCUCCACACUGAGCCUCCGCCUGUUGCACACUUUGUACCGAGAGAGCAGUGUGUCGCUGGGAGCAUGGCUGCCAUCAAGGCUCUGGAGCAGUGGUGUAAACUGCAGUGUGAUGGUUACCGAGAUGUGGCCAUCACCAACAUGACGACCUCCUUCAAGAACGGAAUGGCUUUCUGCGCGCUUAUACACAAGUACAGACCCGACCUGAUAGACUAUGACUCACUCAAAGAGGAGGAUGUGCUUGAGAACAACAGACUGGCUUUUCAGAUUGCAGAAGAGAAGUUGGGGAUUCCUGCUUUGUUAGAUGCUGAGGACAUGGUGGCUCUGAGGAUCCCAGACAGGCUGAGCAUUCUCACCUACGUCUCCCAGUACUACAACUACUUCAAAGGACGGCCUGCAAUGGGAGGUGUAAAAAGGCCAGCAGAGGGCUCCAAGGAGGAGCCAUCAGAGAAGAAGAAUCUGCCACUGGUUUCCAAAACCUUUGUGUCUAAAACCGCCACUGAGAAAUGUUUACCUUCCACGGCUCAGACCUCCCCCAAGGUGGCCAGAGCUGCUGUUCAGAAGCCAGUUCUGGCAGAGAACGCUAACAAAAAUGGGACUCUCACUAGCAAAUGUGUUGCGUGCAAGUGCCAUGUCCAUCUGGUUCAGAGGCACUUUGUGGAUGGCAAGCUCUAUCACAGAAGCUGUUUCAAAUGCGGUGAAUGCUCGAGCGUGCUUCAUGCAGGAGGGUACAAACCCGGGAAGAAUCCAGACACUUUCAUCUGCAACGCCCACCAGAACAGUUGCAAACCGCCCUCCUCUGAGCUUGGGAUCAAAAACAGACCCAGUGGUUCAGCAGGGUGGGUAAACAGUGCCAGUCAGACCCAGCCUGCACCACGCCCCUCUUCUGUGCUGUCAGCUCCACUGAAUAUCCUCCUGAAGCCGGUAGUCAGUCCGGCUCCGCCCUCCCAGUCCUGGACGGCCUCCGCCCAUCGGACGCAGACGGCCCGGCAGAGGUUCUUUCAGGCGGCAGCGCCACUCACAGAGGCCUCAGCAGGGAACAAGAAGCAGACAGACCCUUCAAGUGUCUCAGGAAGACAUGAUGAUGAAAAUAACACAGCCAGGACAAACAUUGGAAAGAAGUUGGCAGAGGAGAACUGCAACAACAACAACAAACGACCCUUUACCAUCCGAUCAGCCACGAGAAGGUUUGGAGAGGAGCCAAGUCCGGCUGACGGCCCCGCUUUGAGAAAAGAUAAAUGUAGCCAAGACCCAGCAGGAAACCGGGCAGGACAGCCCGCCACCAGCCAGACAAACAAAAAGGAACCGCCAUGUUUGAAGGCCAUCAACAAAGACAACACGAGGCCAACGACUGUACACACAACCGCCAAAGAUCCAGUCUGGGGGCAAUUGAGGCUCAAACCUGUGAAAAUGGAGCUAGCUUCAAAAGAUGCUGAAGCUGAAGGCUUUACUGAGCAUAAACCUGGAUUCUUGUCCACCACUUGCUCUAACGUCCCCAGCAGCCCUACAAGGCCUCCCUCUGCUCCGUUACCUGCACUACCUCCAGUCAGCUUCCCUCUGUUUGAUCCCGCACCCCAGAAACCCCAGCUUAGUUCUGGAAACCUUGAUUUCAAAAACAGGACUCACUCGCCUAUAAAAUCCCCACCCAGACGGUCAGCUGUGGAAUCUGUUAGGUCUCCAACGACGACUCCAGCCAAUCACAGUAAUCCUCCAGGUGCUAAAAAGGGAAAGUAUUUGUCACCCACCAACGCCUCCAGGACUGAAAUGAGGUCACCCUCUGUGAAGUCUUAUCAUGUUCCAGUGGAGCAGAUUGAGAGGCACCUGGAUGAUAUUGAGAGAAACUUGGCUCUGUUGGAGAAGGAGGGCGUGGAGCUAGAAAAGAAUCUCCGCAGCUGUGAGGAAGAGGGAGAGGGAGACAUAUUGAUGGACCCUCUGAUGGUCGACUGGUUCAACCUGAUUCGAAAGAAGCAGAUGUACAUUAGGAAUGAGUCGGAGCUUGUAUACAAAGCCAGGACUCAGGAGCUGGAGCAGCAGCAGCCCGGUGUGGAGGGGGAACUUCGCAGACUGCUGGAGAAGCCAGAUCAUUUAAAAUCCAGAGAGGAGCAACAGCGGGAGAAGAAGUUGAUGCAGAGACUGGUGGAGAUUGUGGACGGCAGAAAUGCAAUAGUGGAAGGUCUGGAUGAAGACAGGCUGAGGGAAGUGGAGGAGGAUCAGCAGCUGAAUGAAAUGAUGCAAAAUCUUGGAGUAAAGAAAGCGAAAAAUAAGAGGAAAUCCUCCAUCUCAAAACUAUUCAGGCGGAGAAGUAAAAAACGAGUGGAAUGAUCCUCACGGCAAUUUUUACUAAAUUCAUUUGACUGUUGUAUUAUUAUCGUAUUAUCAUAUUUAAAUUUUAAAACAAAUAUGUUAAGUUUUUUAUAUUUAAGUACUGCAGUACAUAAGAAGGCAAAUGAACGGAUGUCCUAUUAGGACGAAUUAUGGAUUAAAUCAUGUUUGUAGUUGUUUCAGAAUAUUUCAAAUUAAAGGUUCAGGUAUAAACAUAUUUAUUAUAUUUAUUUUCACCUUUUUGGUUUUUUGUUUGUUGUUAUUGGAAUGAAGUGAGCAUUUCUAAAUGGCUUAUGAUCAAAUAUUUUCUUUUUUUUCACAACGGGUGUCCUGUUUUUUCACAAUUAUUGUUUUUCACAGUUUUUUUCACAAAAGAAAAUGGUGUUUAAUUACGUGGCAAACACAGCCGCACGCGUUUCCCUUGUAUUGAUUAAGAUUCAGUAGGAGAGUGUCACACGAAAACAUGUCAUGAAUAUGUUUGUUAAAUGUUCUGUUAAUUUAUUCUAUAAUUGGAAUAUGAUAUGUAAUGUUUAACUUUAACUUGCACUGGGGCAAACACAUUCGAUGUUGGGUGUUAAACAAACCAGCUAUCAUGAUUUAAGGGGAGGGGACACUGGAUGUUUCACAUACAAAUAUAGAUUGAUGUGUUGUACUAAAACAGCCUUGAUUCAAAAUACAAUUAUUUUAAUAUUUAUUUUAUGAUGGAUUUUAACUAACUAGGGUAUUAGCAGGAGAGAAAGCCUGUUGUGUCUAAAUGUGUGUGAGCUGAGAGCCACACAUGUUGCAGAGCCUCCUCUCCCUCUGUACUGUAGGUGGCAGCCUGGGUAUGCUUUAUCACUAGGCAAGAGCUUGGAAAUCCAAUUUGCCACAGUACGGACAGUUAAUUUCUUUGCUAAUUUUAUAAAUGCUGCAAAAAUGUUCAGCUGUGCUGAUGCAAUAAUGUUAUGUGAAAGAGGAUUAGGUAGAGCAGUAGCUUAUGGCCGGGGAAGGCUUAUAAACUAUAGGUUGUAUUGAGCUUUUUAUCUUCAAACCGGGUUUAAUUAAACAUUACUCUUUACUAAUAUCUGCAUCAGAAAUGCUCCGUACCUGAGCUAUUAAAAGGUUCAAACGUGUGUGGAGUCACUCAUGUGUGGAAAUGGCAUUUGCAGUGUUUGUAAGGAAUGAGCUGUAAUGUUGCAUUUUAAGUGUUACUGUGGUAUGUACUCUAUAAUAAUUUUAAACUUGAAAU